CCGAGGCACGUGCAAAGAACCAGCAAUCACUCAAAGCUGAGUCUCUCCAUCGCUGGCGCUCGCUCUUUUCGCGUGUUUUCUGUCUGUGUGUGCGUCGUCGUCGUCGGUGUAUUGAAGUUGAAGUUUACACAACUGGAAUUUGCAAUAAAUUUUUGCUUCAACAUGUUAAAACAGUCGGCGAUUUUAUUGCUGCUGCUAAUCGCAGUGAUUGCGCAGAAGGCGACAGCGCAAAAUGUAACGUCCGCACAAGAUUUGCCCGACAACUUCCUCAAGUGCAAACGCGAUGCGAACUUUGACAAAUGUCUGGUGGAUGCAGUAAAUCAAGCCAUACAGUUGCUCAAAACUGGCAACAAAGAAUUCGGUAUUCCACCAUUAGAGCCGCUGUCCGUGAAGAAACUCGUUAUAGAUGCCGGCAAUGCGCCCAUCACACUUCGUCAAGCCUUGAAAAACGUCAAGGUGCACGAUAUGAUCUCCACCAGCAAAAUACAACGUUAUAGAACUGACUUGGAUAAGCAUCUGAUUAUCUGUGAUAGCAAAACCGAUCGCAUUGAAAUGAUUGGCGAGUACGAAAUGUCUGGUCGCAUUUUGUUGCUGCCCAUUACUGGCCAUGGCAAGUCCAACAUUACUUUGGUUAAUACCAAAAUUGAGCAUCGUUUAAUUGGCGAACCCUUCGAGAAGGAUGGUGUCAAGUAUAUGCGUCUGAAGGAAUAUCGCGUUGCCAUGGAGCCUAAGCGUGUUUAUCUGCGUUUCGAAAACCUUUUCAAUGACAAGACCUUGUCGGAAGGCAUGAAUCGUUUCCUCAAUGAGAACUGGGAGACAGUGUUCAACGAGCUUAAGGUAGGCUAUGCCAAGAGCUUUGGUCUCGUCUUCCGCGAGCUCUCCAAUAAAAUAUUUGAAAAGGUACCGUUUGACAAUAUAUUCCUAAGUUAGUUUUGUUCGUUAAAUAAUUGGCUUUGUGUGUUAUUUAUAACUAUUGUAAAAUAAUUAGUAAAUAAACUUAAAACAG